AUGAACCGGGCCUUUCAGCGCAUUAAAGAGGAACGGCAGCAAAACGAUGCCGCCGUUAGUGCUGAGUCCGCUAACUCAGCUGGAGAGGAGUCAGGUGCAGGAAAGACAGCCUCAGACGACUAUUACCACGGGCUCAGCGUUACUGUUCGUUAUAACCAGGCCCGUCUCCAUGAGGCCAUGUCAAGGCCUGAUCUAGCUGAAGAAAUGUAUAAGGCUAUUUUGUCGGAACACCCAUGCUAC